AAUAUUGAAGGCCGUGAUUUAAUGUAAUGCAGAUAGCUGCCCUGACUGCAGGCACCGCAAGUAAAGUUAACCGAAAACAUGUCGCGACUAUCGUGUUUUGGACAGCGCACUCCCGGAGACAAAUUUCGAAAGCCAUGCUUUUGUGCAGUGUGCAAAAAAGCCAUGCUUUUGCGCAGAGGCGUUGGUAGUCAAAAGCGAGGUAGGAGCCACAGAGGAGCCAGAAAGAGGCCAGGUCACGUCCGCCAUGUUUCGAACACCUAUCACGGCGGUAGCCGGCCUGUUCUUCAAGCACUUCUUUCCUCCAUGUUAAAGCUGAAGUAGUACUUGCUAUGCAGCUCUUGUGGCAGUCGAGGCUAGUUUAUUCUGCAAUUUAGCAACGUUUUUAAUAAUCUGGUUACUUAUUUUGUGACGUUGACGUAGCAGUCAUAGAGGCAGCUGGCAGCGCUACAGACACUACAGAUUCUGUGAAACAGCAGGAACCAUCUCUGUAGAGCGUGGGCCGGAUGACUACUAAGUGCGAAAAACAGUUGAAGUUGCAGUGCGGUUAUGUCCAAUUGGCGACGUGAUCGUACUUUCACGGUGCUGCGGUUGCGUCCAAGGAAUCUUCGCGCGGACGAGGUGUGACUUCUGUCACUUGGAACUGCCGGAACAGCCUCUCUUCAAACUGAACUGUUGCUUGCUUCUGCCAACGUAGUCGAAGACGUGCUUCUUGAAAAAAAGACAAUUUUGAAGAUCCCUGUGCAGCAAGACUGGUUGAUGAAAAUGUGAAGCAUGUUGUGGUGCCAGGCAGAUCAGCCUGAAAACUUGCUGUAGCCAGAGUACGAACAGGGUGAAUGAUCUUGGAGUCAUCGCAUUCCAUUUGUUCACGUCAGCGGUAUGACGUCAAAGACUGUGAACUUAGAGGGACCACAUAUUCAGUUUAGGCUGAGCUGCUCUUAACAUGUGUUGUGAUAAACACGGGUUUAUGCAAACUAGCUGCCGUUAAAACUGUUCCUUCUAACAGGAGAAAAAAAAAGGGGGGGGACAAGCUGUGAGACCCUGUAGCACCUGCAUCAAUGUACCCAAGCACUCAGCCAGGUGUUAUGUCAGCCACACACACUCAAAGUGUGGGUUCCAUUUCAGAAGGUGCAAAAGAUGAUUACUUUGUACCUAAAGCCACAUCCUUGUUAAAGCCUGCUUCACAACCUUCUGGUGGUUUGUCAGCUGGUGCCACAGAUGAAGCUGAGGGAGGUUCCAAAGCGGAAGCAGAUGCACAGAAAACAAAGUUGACGCUCAUGCCUCGGGGUUCUGGAACAGUGUUGGUCACCGGCAAUGCACGUGCUCCCGGCAUGAAUUCAGCUUCGUCUUUGACUGCUUUGGAUAGUCCGAGCAAGUAUGCUUCACCCAUGGCCCAAACGAUUGCUUCAGGCCAGAAGCGUGUAUCAAAUUUUGGUUUGCACCUUCCUGCAUCAUUAAGAACAUGGAGCGAGCUUCAUGUUCACAAGCCUCCCUCCUUUGCAUACAACAGCAACCGCGUUGCUUCAAGAAAUGCGUCAAGCAGCAACACUGUUGCGAUUAAAGACAAAGCCAUGAUGCCAUAUCUACCGAACAGUGCCAAUGCUUUACCAAGUAGGACCUCGACAGUGUCUAGCGAGUCCGAGACUGCACGCAGAGACAGACAGAUGGCAUUACUGCAUUCGAGCCUCAAGGACAGUGUUCUCAAGUCUGCUUCAGUGCGCUGUUCAACAGACAAAUCGCCCAUGCAUUUAGUUUCAGAAAAACGAGAGUCGUGCGUGCCAGCUGCAUCAAGUCCUGACACCAGUGCUAGCAGUGAUGUUCUGCUUGUGAAGUGCGAGUGCGACUUUGGACCAGUUGACCAUAAGACCUUGGAAAGGCACAUCAUGACCGCUCAUGUCAAGCCCUUUAGUCAUAGUUGUGAACUUUGUGACAGAAAAUUUCCCACACGAAAAGAACUUAAGGAUCAUAUUGCUUGCCACAUACGUACACAUACAGCUGCAGGACCAGAGGAGCCGUGUGGUGUACAGCAGUGUAGUGAAAGCUCCAACUUCAUGCAGGAAUGUGAUUUGUUAAGUGGAGAAAAAGAUUGUGAUCCACCAGGGAGCUGUGUUGCUGCUGAUGAGGAUGCUAGUGCACAUGAAAAAAAAGAACCCUUCGACGAAGUGGAAGCUGGAAAGGGGUCCCACUGGCUGUUAAGGUCAGACCUAGUGGGUUCCGAUUGCUUGCUUGCUUUCUUUAAAUGCAUAGUUGGACAGUGCAAAUACACGGCCAAUCAGGCAAGUGAUUUCUCCAACCACCUCGCAUCACACAGCCUGAAGGAAAUGGGAGACCUUGUUUGCAUCUACUGUGGCAAAAUAUUUGAUGCUAUAUCGGUGCUUGUGCAACACAUGGAAGGCAGUCACAGGCAUAUGGUUUUCCAGUGUGGGCACUGUCUUUAUAGGUCUGUACUACCCAUUCAUGUUCAGCUGCACCACCAGUGGUCACAUGCAGGGCAGGAGCCGCUGCUGCUGUUUGUGUGCAUGAAUCCUAUGUGGCAUGCUGCAUUUGCUGAUGUCCCUACGCAACGCGUCGGCCUGACACAUUACUGGUGUUGUGCUCCAAAAUGUGGCUUUAAAAGUUUUAACCCUGAUGUGUUUGAAUGGCACCUAAGGGCGUCCCAUCCAAAAGUCAGAGAGUACACCUGUUCUAUUUGUGAUUUGACUGCUAAUAGCCCACGGGCACUGGUGCAGCACUGCGUGACUCAUGGCAUGGAUGUGGUGCAGUGUGGCAUCUGUCACCAUUCUGAGCCCACAUGCAAGAGAAUGCUGAAGCACCUUUGUGACCACCACCCUGAUAGUCCCCUAAGACUUAUCUGCCGCACUAGCCAGCAAGUUGAAGAGUUUGAAAAGUGCGUGCAGACAUUUCAAGGAUUUGCAGAGCAGCGUGCAAGUGAGGCCAGCUCAGCACCGGAACUUGUCGAGCAGGGCAUCAUUUCAUCUGCUGCUCCUCCGGACAUGUCUGUGGCACGCCAUGCGUUGCCACAAGCCCCAGCCGAGAAAACCUGCCCUUUCUGCCCGAACCGUGUCGUGACCUUGGCCGACCUUGCAAACCAUUGUGUUGCAGCCCACCAGAUUAGUCUUAAAAUUUCAGAGACCUUGGAGCUCAUGUUGAAGAAGUACUGUGUGUCUAUUGCCAAAGAGAGCUCCCUCUAUUGCCCAUUUUGUAAUGCAACAUUCCUAAACAAAGGUGAGCUUCAGGAGCACAUGUAUUACGAGUUUCAAUACAUGCCUAUCCAGUGCGAUGCCUGCAGUUAUUCCACCUCUAACAGAACUCACUUGAAAGAACACUUCUCAUCUAGCCAUCCUGAAAAGUGCCCAGUGUUCACUACUUGUGAAAAUGAAGAUUUUGAGUCCUGGGUGACUAACUUCGUUGGUCAACAAGAAGCUCGCUGUAUCAUCGUCGAGAAGCCGUAUCAGUGUGUCCAUUGUCCAGCGCGAUUCCAAAGUGCCGAGGAACUAAGACUUCACCUGUAUACACAUCUGAAGUACUACCCGUACCACUGUGUUAUAUGUGAUGAGUGUUUCGUUAGCCAAGAAGAAGUCGAAGAGCACCAGCGCAGGACACAUAGUGUAGUGGAACAGUACUUAACUGGAGAAGUCAGAUUUGAGAGUAAGGAGACGAAGGUAGACAGUUUAAUUGAUACGGCAACAGAAAAAGUGCAAGAGCUUUUGGGGAAAUCACCUUCACAACAGUGUCCGUGGAAGGGAUGCUCAUAUGAAUCCUCUAUACAAAAUGAACGUGCUAUUCACUUGAAGGUCCAUGUGACGCAGCGCAAGACAUGCGCCGGUUGCCAGUUCAGCUCCUACAGCGCCGAUGUCAUUGCAUGGCAUUCUAAGGAGCAGCAUAUUCCAGUCUCCAGCAGCACAGAGAAUCCUUCCUGCAGUGACGCACAUCCUGUGCCAAAGAGCAAUUCACGUUUGUUUGCUUGUGGUUUGUGUAGUUAUAGGGGACCAAACUCCAUGUGCAUUCGUGAGCACUCGAAGAUUGCGCACCCUGGCAAGGCAGCCAAGUUGGUUGUUCCUAAAAGGAAAGACCUGUACAACCCAACCAUCAAAAACCUGGAGGGGACAGGGAAACCAAAGGAAGACGAUUGUGAACAGAGAUGGUGCAUAUCUCUGGUGCGUCCUCAAAAGGACGCCACUCGCCCGACUCCAUGGUCACUGAAGAAGCAGCAGUAUUCAUGCAGCCAGUGCAAUUUCCUGGCUUCGUCAGAACAUCUUCUGCACAUUCACAAGUUCAAUUUCCAUGCUGAUGCUCAGAGGCUUAGUGCAAACCCAGCCAUCAUUGCUAAAGCAAUUUCCAAUGUCUUGACUCUGGCCAGUCGCCGAUAUUCUGUGCCAGCUUCUGGUGUUUCUCACAGAUCGUCUCAAGCUGCAAGCCAGGUCAACACGACUACUCUUACAUCUGGUUCACUGCAGACAGCCAGUAUCAACAAAUGUCCCAAAUGUUUCUCUGGAGUUUUAGUCAAGAACGAGUUUGUUCAACCACCUGGUUGUGAAGCAUUUAAUGUAUGCUGUGUGCAACACCUGCAGUCGGAGCCUAAUUAAUAAUGCUCACGCUGUUGCUCAUACUAAGAAGCGCCUACCUUUGCAAAGCACUUUCACUGUACCCGAAUGUCAGCUCACCAGCAACAGGAAACAAUGUCUCUAGCACUCAACGGUCCUUGCAAAAUGCCUGCGACGUACAUGCGGCAGCUCCGUGGGCUCCUGAUGUACACGUGAGUCUGCACAACCUUAAUGUGCUUGUAAAGGACUUUGGGAACCUGUUCAUUGAGGAUUUCUUUAAAAAGUGCCAUUGCUUCGUUUCUUACUUGCAUUACUGUAGUGAUUGUAUGCAUGUUGGGCAUACUUGUUGCAGAUGUAACAAUUCUACAGCGCAGCUUUGUCUGUACAUUCUUAUGAACUUUGUUGCAUUCACUGUCUACUGCUGAGAAAGCAAAUUUUGUGUAUGUUAACAUUUUUGUGUAACCAAGACUAUCAUGCAAAGCAUUAAUAAACAGUUUUAUGGCUACGAGUGUUGGUUUGUGCUCUGUCAGGUUGCCUACAUGUGUGUAAUGUGUGUAUUAGGAGUGCAAGAGCUUCCUAUUGCAUAACAGCUGCAAGGCCCCAGGU